AUGACAGCCAGAUUCAGAUGUAGAGCUAGACAUAUAAACAUCAUACAAUGCUAUGCCCCGACGGAAGACGCCAAAGAUGACACCAAGGACGACUUCUACACUGCCCUCACAGCAACCCUCAGCAAGACGCGGCAAGGUGACAUUAACAUCCUCAUGGGUGACUUUGAUGCGAAAGUAGGCCCCAACAACACCGGACUAAGAUCUGUCAUGGGCCAACAUGGAACUGGGACUCGCAAUGACAACGAAGAGAGAUUAGUGGAACUCUGCCAGCUAUUCCAACUGGUCAUCGGCGGCACAAUAUUCCCACACAAAGAUGUCCACAAAUACUCCUGGACAUCUUCUAGUGGUAGCACGCGCAAUCAGAUAGACCACAUUUGCAUUAGCAGGAAAUGGAGACACUCACUACUGGACGUAGACAGUGAUCAUGAGUUGCCAACACCGAAGAGCGCCCCCCUGAACCUGCUCCUCCUGAGCGCCUGCACUCUGAGGACGAGAAUGACGUCCACAUUGCGGGAACAACUGAUCCCCCUAGAAGAACACCCAUGGGAGCGCACCUACAGUCAGCUAAGGACCGCAGCUGAGAAAAUAAUUGGGCUCCAACGUGGAAGAGCAGACUGGAUAUAUGAAGGGACCUGGGACCUGAUUAGAAGGAGGAGUAAUCAGAAGCCUCUGGCUGACCAGCUUACGCAGAAUCGUGAUGAAUAUCGCGAACUGUGCAGAGCUGUGAAAAGAGCGGCCAGAAAGGACAAUCGAGACUUGCGACAGACGCAGAACAACAUGCGCUCGUUAUACCAGCAGAUUGCACGUAUUACCGGAACCCACCACAGGCGGAACCAGCAAGUCAGAAUCCUAGAAGGCAACCUCUUAUCCAAUGAUGAUGCACAAAUCCGGAGAUGGCGCCAACACUUCAUGGGAAUUAGCCACACCACAUCACCAAACGUGGCUCCGGACUAUAGAAGCAUUGCGCCACCAAGUGGGAAUAUCAGGAUACCCUCUACACGCCCGCAUGUAAGAGAGACUGUGAAUGCAAUAAAGAAGCUAAAGCGCAACAGGGCAGCCGGCGAGGACAACAUACCAGCCAAACUGCUUCAAGUUGACACUUAG